AUGCUGCUCGGGUGGGCGUCCCUGCUGCUGUGCGCGCUCCGCCUGCCCCAGGUCGCGGUCGGCCGCGACGCGGCACCUGCCCAGGAUAAAGCCGGGCAGCCUUGGGCUGCUGCAGCUGCCGCCCAGCCCCGCCAGCGGCAGGGGGAGGAGGCGCAGGAGCGGGCCGAGCCUCCGGGUCACCCGCACCCCCUGGCGCCGCAGCGCAGGAGCAGCGGGCUGGUGCAGAACAUCGACCAGAUCUACUCCGGCGGCGGCAAGGUGGGCUACCUCGUCUACGCGGGCGGCCGGAGGUUCCUGCUGGACCUGGAGCGGGAUGGUUCGGUGGGCGCCGCUGGCUUUGUGCCUUCAGGAAGCGGGCCGAGGGAGACCCGGCGCCACGGGGACCACUGCUUCUACCGCGGUACGGUGGACGGCAGCCCCCGCUCCCUGGCGGUCUUUGACCUCUGCGGUGGUCUCGACGGCUUCUUCGCGGUUAAGCACGCGCGCUACACCCUGAAGCCGCUGUUGCGCGGGCCCUCGGCCGAGGCCGGGCGAGUGUACGGGGAUGGGUCCUCGCGGAUCCUGCACGUCUAUACCCGCGAGGGCUUCAGCUUUGAGGCCUUGCCACCGCGCACUAGCUGCGAGACUCCCGCGUCCCCGCCGGGGCCUCGCGAGCGCCCCCCGGCGCACAGCAGCGCAGACGGACGCUGGGCGCUGGCCCCGCAGUUCCUGGACCAGUCGGCUCCCUCCUCCGACGGAGGCCAGGGACCCCAGACGUGGUGGCGGCGGCGGCGCCGCUCCAUCUCCCGGGCCCGCCAGGUGGAGCUUCUCCUGGUGGCUGACGCAUCCAUGGCGCGCAUGUAUGGUCGGGGCCUGCAGCAUUACCUGCUGACCCUGGCCUCCAUCGCCAACAGGCUGUACAGCCACGCCAGCAUCGAGAACCACAUCCGCCUGGCCGUGGUGAAGGUGGUGGUGCUGGGUGACAAAGACAAGAGCCUGGAGGUGAGCAAGAACGCGGCCACCACGCUCAAGAACUUUUGCAAGUGGCAGCACCAGCACAACCAGCUGGGGGAUGACCACGAGGAGCACUACGACGCGGCCAUCCUGUUUACGAGAGAGGAUUUAUGUGGGCAUCAUUCAUGUGACACCCUGGGAAUGGCAGACGUCGGGACCAUAUGUUCUCCGGAGCGCAGCUGUGCCGUGAUUGAAGAUGAUGGCCUCCAUGCAGCAUUCACUGUGGCUCACGAAAUUGGACAUCUCCUUGGCCUCUCCCAUGAUGAUUCCAAAUUCUGUGAAGAGAAUUUUGGUUCCACCGAAGAUAAGCGCUUAAUGUCUUCCAUCCUAACCAGCAUCGAUGCAUCCAAGCCCUGGUCCAAGUGCACCUCAGCCACCAUCACAGAAUUCCUGGAUGAUGGCCACGGUAACUGUUUGCUAGAUCUACCACGCAAGCAGAUCCUGGGCCCCGAAGAACUGCCAGGACAGAUGUACGACGCCACGCAGCAGUGCAACCUGACCUUUGGGCCCGAGUACUCCGUGUGCCCCGGCAUGGAUGUCUGCGCCCGCCUCUGGUGCGCCGUCGUGCGCCAGGGCCAGAUGGUGUGUCUCACCAAGAAACUGCCAGCUGUGGAGGGGACACCAUGUGGGAAAGGGAGGAUCUGCCUACAGGGCAAGUGUGUGGACAAAACCAAGAAAAAAUAUUAUUCAACAUCAAGCCAUGGCAACUGGGGAUCCUGGGGGUCCUGGGGCCAGUGUUCUCGCUCAUGUGGGGGAGGAGUACAGUUUGCCCAUCGGCACUGCAAUAACCCCGCACCCAGAAACAGUGGCCGUUACUGCACGGGGAAGAGAGCCAUCUACCGCUCCUGCAACGUCAUACCCUGCCCACCGAACGGUAAAUCUUUUCGUCACGAGCAGUGUGAGGCCAAAAAUGGGUAUCAGUCUGACGCAAAAGGAGUCAAAACAUUUGUGGAAUGGGUUCCCAAAUAUGCAGGCGUCUUGCUGGGGGACGUGUGCAAACUGACCUGCAGAGCUAAGGGCACCGGUUACUACGUGGUGUUUUCUCCAAAGGUGACGGAUGGGACUGAAUGCAGGCCAUACAGUAACUCCGUCUGUGUCCGGGGCAAGUGCGUCCGCACUGGCUGUGACGGUAUUAUCGGCUCGAAGCUGCAGUACGACAAGUGUGCCGUGUGUGGGGGAGACAACUCCAGUUGCACAAAGGUGGUUGGAACUUUCAAUAAAAAAAGUAAGGGUUACACUGACGUGGUGAGGAUCCCCGAAGGCGCAACCCACAUAAAAGUCCGACAGUUCAAAGCCAAAGACCAGUCUCGAUUCACUGCCUACUUAGCCCUGAAGAAGAAAAACGGUGAGUACCUUAUCAAUGGAAAGUACAUGAUCUCCACCUCAGAAACCAUCAUCGACAUCAAUGGAACCGUCAUGAACUACAGCGGUUGGAGCCACAGGGAUGACUUCUUGCACGGGAUGGGCUACUCAGCCACGAAGGAAAUUCUCAUAGUGCAGAUUCUUGCAACCGAUCCAACUAAAGCGUUAGAUGUCCGUUACAGUUUUUUUGUUCCCAAGAAGUCCACCCCAAAAGUCAACUCUGUCACCGGCCAUGGCAGCAAUAAAGUGGGCUCACCCAGUCCACAGCUGCAGUGGGUGACAGGCCCAUGGCUUGCCUGUUCUCGAACCUGUGACACGGGCUGGCACACCAGGACGGUGCAGUGCCAGGACGCCAACCGCAAGUUAGCAAAGGGAUGCCUUCUCUCUCAGAGGCCUUCCGCGUUUAAGCAAUGUUUGCUCAAGAAAUGUUAG